CCCUCAUGUAUUUGGCAAAGUACAAGAGCGUCAGGUAUGUUCGCUUUAUUCUUCAUUAGGGCUUUAGACCUUUUCGUCUGACUACUUAAACAAAUAUACGUACUGUACAUUGUACAAUACUCAUUGAACUUAAAACUUACCGAGUAAAGUAAUAUUUUACUGGGAAUCUUAAAGACAAAAGUAUACACUUUGGUAAAGCUGUCGAGAUGGAGAUAGCAGAGGCCGGACGUCCUUUGGUUUAGAAGCAUUCAGUUUUCAAGUGGUAUCACUCCUUCGUACAACAUCGGGUGUGUAAGUGAAAUUACAACAAUUGCUCAAAAAUACCCCCCACUAUUCAAAGCGUUUCGAACCACGUUAGGGACAGGGUACAUUUAGUUACUACGUGUCUUCAUAUACUAUUUGCUGUCGUCAGAGACGGUUUGAAUAUCAAGUGUUCGGAGUUUUAAGUGAAUAAUCGAAUCGCAUAAAUUGUUCGCCGUUGCGUAACGAGCUCAGUUUAAUUAAUCAAAUAUUUCUAUAUAUAUUUGAACUUGGAUUUUACCGUUACUGUGUUGUGACUUAAUUAAAUUUAUUUUAUUGGAUCUAAAGUGAUGUUGUCUUCACGGAUAAAUGGUCAUAUUCAUCAUCCAGUUAUGCAGAAAAAUCAAGAGAUGUCCUACGAAGAAAAACAAUUUUGUACUCCAACAAAAUCGGCUCAACCUGAAUGGAUGAGGAACGUGUAUUUAACGCCACCUUUACCUGCUACACCACCGCCGAGUCCAGCUUGUUGGCAACCACCAAAAUAUAUCGCCCAGUUCCAAAGUUCUCCAGUAGCAUCACCGAAUUCAAACUGUUGGCAUACACAUUACAGCUUGCAGCGGCAUAAUACUCCAGUAUCUCCGCCAAUUCAAGCUUAUCAACAUUCGCCGCAAUGUAAUUACCAGCAAAACAUCGGCCAAACGCUGCCUACAAGCUCAAGUCAUCAGCACGCUCACUAUCAUCAGCAGCAAAGUACUCCAGCAUCUGCCCCAAUCCCAUCUUAUCAUCAGACUUUACCAUAUACUCAAAUGCCGCCACUGAGUUCGAGUUAUUGGGGUGUUCCAAAAUACUAUUAUCAUUAUGAAGAAACACCUGCGCUACCAACGAGUCCGGGUUACAGAUAUGGGUACGCUGCACCGUACCCUCUUCAAUGCCAAAGUACUCCAGUAAUACCGGUCGAUUUACCUGUUGAGCCUGCACCUGAAGUUAAUCCAUUAAUCACACCUGUAAGCUCUGUUCAAGAUCUAGAUAAGAUAAUCCGAGAUUUCGAAACGGGUUACUCAUCUCCACGUAAGAAAGACAAUGACUCACCUGGUGGUACUGGAAAAUUUGUCAAGAAAAUGGUUGCGGCUAUUGAACAAAAGUUUACUCCGCAUUCAUCUAAGAGCUUCCCUGAAACGAAAACUAGACACAAUAAUUCAAAAUCAGAUUCUAAAAAUUCUUCAAAUCAAAAAUCAUUCAACGGUACAUUUACUCAUGAUUCAUCAGUAAAGAGCGCGGAAAAAUCAUCUCCUAAUCUUCAUCAUCAGGAGUCAAUGCAAAGUGACUAUGGUUACAAUAAUUCACCCAAGAGAGCCGGAACUUUACCUCCUGUUUCUAAACAUCAGGAGUCAAGGCGAACUGAUUUUACUUACAAUGAUUCACCCAAGAGAGCUGGAACUUUACCUCCUGUUCAUAAGCACCAGGAGUCAAUGCAAACUAAUUAUCGCUACAACAAUUCAUCCAAGAGGGCUGGAACUUUAUCUCCUGUUCGCAAACAUCAAGAGUCAAUGCAAACUAGUUUUGGUUACAACAAUUCAUCCAAGAAGACUGGAACUUUAUCUCCUGUUCGCAAACAUCAAGAGUCAAUGCAAACUAGUUUUGGUUACAACAAUUCACCCAACAGGGUUGGAACUUUAUCUCCUGUUCGCAAACAUCAAGAGUCAAUGCAAACUGAUUUUGGUUACAACGAUACAGUCAAAAGCGCUGAAAAAUUAUCUCCUAUUCGCAAACAUCAGGAGUCGAUGCAAGUUGAUGUUGGUCACAACGAUACACUUAUUAUUGAUGAUAAUUCUAAUUUUGAUAUGGAAGAAGAACCAGAACUCAGAUAUAAAACGCAGCCGGUACAAAAAGUUGUGACGGCAGAGGUACAUAUUGAGCCUGAAGUUGUUUUGAGAAGAAAAAGAGAAGUAGCACCAAAACCACCAGCAAGAUCAGAGUCAUUCAACAAAAUAAAAGUUGCUCCGAAAAUAGUUGCAGCUAAAUUGAAGAAACCAAUUGAAGUCGAUACUGAUACGGAAAUAGAAUGGAUACCAGUUAAGAACCAGAAGUUACCGCGUAAAAAUUCAUUCAAAAAACUUUUGUCUCUUUUGACUGGUAAAAAGAAGCAACCAAAAGGAAAUAAAUUUUUCUGUAACCUCAACAAGAGUAAUGAAGAAAAAAAAUCAUCACGCGAUUCAGGAUACGUUGAAAAAUCAGCAUCUUCAUCAUCAAUUUCCUCCCAUGGAUCAACUAAAAAUAAAUCAUCUCAGCAGGCCCAAGAAAAUAGCAAAUUCCCACGAAGAAAUUCCGGCCUAUCGAGCUUCCAACAGCCAAUUGAAGACCAUUUUGAUAAGUGGAUCGGUCAUCCUUUGGAUGACAAUACCAGCGAAAAAAGCGUGAUCGUUACUCACGAUAUGAUCAAUAAAAAGGACAGAAUGAUCUUAAAUGAAAUUGAUAGAUCCGAAGUAAGAACUUCGCUGGGUCCUUUCUUUCCAGCGACUUCAAAAAAUAUUUUCACAGACAUCAAGACAAAAUUACGAGAAAAUUCAGCGAAAACAAGUUCAUCAAAAAUAUCAAAAGAAUUUAUCAAUAGUUCGCUGAUGUCUUCAUUUUCCAACAAAUCUCCAGUCGGUUCUCCGCCGCAGAAGCGGUCAAGUCUAAUCGCUGACAACGGAUCAGAAUCCGGUACCUCAUACAAGUCACUCGAUCUAUUAAACCCAGCUCUGCAGUUGCCAUCAUGGAAAUUUCCAUCCGACGAAAUUGUCUACGAUCAUCCUAAAAAUAAUUGGUCCCAAUCUGAGCCAUUUAUUUUCGAGGCAUCACAGAAUUACAAUCAACAAUUCAAAGGGCCGGCUUACGAUGAAUCUGAGUAUGAUGUACCUAGAAAUCACAUGCUCGCAAGACCUAAGUCUAGCAUUUAUGAAGACGCGCUGUCAGUUAAAAGGCGCACCGAGAGUUUUGAAACAAGACCAGGGACACCGAACUUUUUUGUACCUCAGAACAACGAAGAGAUGCACUUUGCAACGAUAAAACCAAGACCGCGAGUACUAUCGAGCCAACAAAUACUGAAAUCGAUGGCUGACGAUGAGGGUAAUCAGCUCCGCUCGCCCUACCUCGUUAAAAAUCUCUGUCUUUAAUUAACUGAUUUUCCAGGAAUUAAUUUUAACAGAAAUUUAAGUCAACCCCAGUAUUUUUGUUAAAUAUUUAUCAUUUAUUUAAUUUAUUUUUUUAUAUAUUUUAAUGAUACAUUUUUUUAAAGACAAUAAAUAAUUGAGGCUCAGUUAAUAAUACCAGAUAAUAAACUCUGAGAGCGAUCAAUAAAAUGAUUGAGUUUUCUCUCAAGAGACAAUUAUUGCAAUGAUUAAUAAUUUAUAAUUAUAAAUUUAUAUCUAAAUUUAAUUGAGUCCAUUGUAUUUGGGAUAAUUAUAGCAAAUAUAUCAAUGUGAUCUCAUAUUGUUUUAUCAACAGCAAUUAGGAAUAAACUCUUGGAGCUAUCAGUGAAAUGACAGAGUUCUCUUAAGAGACAAUUAUUCUAUUAUUAUAUUCCACAGUAACACGGAAAUUAAGUCUAUUAUAUUUGAGCAUCAAAUAUUUAAAUGUGAUCUUUUAUAAAAGUAUAAAUAAACUGGAGCCUCAAUUAUUAUUUAUGUAAUUAUUAGAAUUAAUAAUUAACCAAAUAAUAAAAUUAAGAUGAAUAUUUUUUACAUCAAUGGUUUAUCAAAAAUCGGAUUAUUAAAGUAAA